AUGAAAAAUAGGACAAUAUUUACCGAGUUUAUUCUUUUGGGCCUCACAAAUCAACCCAAAUUCCAGGUGGUGAUAUUCAUCUUUCUGUUCCUCAUGUACAUGCUAAGUGUUCUAGGAAAUCUGACCAUCAUCAUUCUCACUCUAGUAGAUCCACACCUCCAGACCCCCAUGUAUUACUUCCUCCAGAAUUUCUCCUUAUUAGAAAUCUCAUUCACAUCCAUUUUCAUUCCAAGAUUUCUGACCAGCAUGGCAACAGGAAAUAAAGCCAUCAGCUUUGCUGGCUGCUUCAUUCAGUACUUUUUUGCUAUAUUUCUUGGGGCAACAGAAUUUUACCUCCUGGCCUCUAUGUCCUAUGACCGUUAUGUGGCUAUCUGCAAACCCCUGCAUUACCUGACCAUCAUGAACAGCAGGAUCUGCAUACUACUCGUGUUCUGCUCCUGGUUGGGGGGAUUGCUAGCAAUUGUACCCCCAAUCAUCCUGAUGAGCCAGGUAGAUUUCUGUGCCUCCAAUGUUCUGAAUCACUAUUACUGUGACUAUGGUCCCCUCCUGGAGCUUGCCUGCUCAGACACAAGCCUCUUAGAAGUGACAGUCCUCUUCGUGGCAGUUAUGACUCUAGUGGUAACACUGGUGCUGGUGACAAUUUCUUAUACAUACAUUAUCAGGACCAUUUUGAGGAUCCCUUCUGCCCAGCAAAGGUCAAAAGCUUUUUCUACUUGUUCCUCCCACAUGAUUGUCAUCUCUCUCUCCUAUGGCAGCUGCAUGUUUAUGUAUGUUAAUCCUUCUGCAAAAGAAGAGGGUGAUUUCAACAAAGGAAUAGCUGUGCUCAUUACUUCAAUUACGCCCUUGUUAAACCCCUUCAUUUACACUCUAAGAAAUCAGCAAGUGAAGCAAGCAUUCAAGGACACCGUCAAAAAGAUUGUAAAGCUUUAA